CGCCCGGCCGCUCCGGCCCCGCGCUCGCCCGGCCCGCGCGCCCGAUGCGGAGCUCGCCAUGGCGGCCGCGGACCUGGAACGCGUCUCGAGCGCAGAGCCGGAGCCACGGAGCCUCUCGCUGGGCGGCCAUGUGGGCUUCGACAGCCUCCCCGACCAGCUGGUCAGCAAGUCGGUCACUCAGGGCUUCAGCUUCAACAUCCUCUGCGUGGGGGAGACCGGCAUCGGCAAAUCCACUCUGAUGAACACGCUCUUCAACACGACCUUCGAGGCCGAGGAAGCCAGUCACCACGAGGCCUGCGUGCGGCUGCGGCCCCAGACCUACGACCUCCAGGAGAGCAACGUGCAGCUCAAGCUGACCAUCGUGGACGCUGUGGGCUUCGGGGACCAGAUCAACAAGGAUGAGAGUUACAGGCCCAUAGUUGACUACAUCGACGCGCAGUUUGAGAACUACCUGCAGGAGGAGCUGAAGAUCCGCCGCUCGCUCUUCGACUACCACGACACGAGGAUCCACGCCUGCCUCUACUUCAUCACGCCCACGGGCCACUCCCUCAAGUCCCUGGAUCUGGUGACUAUGAAGAAACUGGACAGCAAGGUGAACAUCAUCCCCAUCAUUGCCAAGGCUGACACCAUCUCCAAGAGCGAGCUCCACAAGUUCAAGAUCAAGAUCAUGGGCGAGCUGGUCAGCAACGGCGUCCAGAUCUACCAGUUUCCCACAGAUGACGAGGCCGUGGCCGAGAUUAACGCCGUGAUGAACGCACACCUGCCCUUCGCCGUGGUGGGCAGCACCGAGGAGGUGAAGGUGGGCAACAAGCUGGUCCGAGCGCGGCAGUACCCCUGGGGAGUGGUGCAGGUGGAGAACGAGAACCACUGCGACUUCGUGAAGCUGCGGGAGAUGCUGAUCCGGGUGAACAUGGAGGACCUGCGCGAGCAGACGCACAGCCGGCACUACGAGCUCUACCGGCGCUGCAAGUUGGAGGAGAUGGGCUUCCAGGACAGCGACGGUGACAGCCAGCCCUUCAGCCUGCAGGAGACGUACGAGGCCAAGAGGAAGGAGUUCCUGAGUGAGCUGCAGAGGAAGGAGGAGGAGAUGAGGCAGAUGUUUGUCAACAAAGUGAAGGAGACGGAGCUGGAGCUGAAGGAGAAGGAGCGGGAGCUCCACGAGAAGUUUGAGCACCUGAAGCGGCUCCACCAGGAGGAGAAGCGCAAGGUGGAGGAGAAGCGGCGGGAGCUGGAGGAGGAGACCAACGCCUUCAACCGCAGGAAGGCCGCCGUGGAGGCCCUGCAGGCACAGGCCCUGCACGCCACCUCGCAGCAGCCCCUGAGGAAGGACAAGGACAAGAAGAAUUAAUGCACGCACAGACUUACAUGUCAAGAGCGGACUUUAGACUUUCAUGUGUUAAGUUGCUUGAGUUACACCCUGUGACCCUUCUCCCGUAACACGGUGUGAGGACGGCCUGGGAGCCGGUACAGACUCCAGUGUUUACAGCCUCGCUUGGCCCGACCCGGGCCGCCCCUCUGUGCAAACACGCAAAAGCCAUGAAUGCUGGAAUCCAAAACUGACAAGGUUUAUUUUUUUCAGAGCCAGUGGCUGGUCUUCCAUUUACAGUGUCACUAUCCCUUGACGGAGCAGUCAUGUGCGGCUCUAGCGAAGGCCCGGCCGGCCUUGCCCGGCCAACGCUGGGCCUGGCCGUUCGGCGUCGAGACGGCAGCUCCCCGGGCGCCCCGGGCGCAGCCCCGUGGUCUGGUACACCUGCCGCAAAAUUCGCCCGACUCCCCUUUGUUUUAAUUUUUCUAACCUAGAGCUUAAUUUUAAUAAUAACUUUAAAACACUCCUAAAUUUUUAUUUUGGCACCAGCGUAAAGACAAAUAAUAUCCUCUCCCAUUAUUUUCAUAAAUAACACAGAUUCUCCGGUUUUUAAAAACUAAAAAUAUCUCUAAACCUUUCUUAUGUAUGAAAGCACCCCUAUAAUAUACAGGGAGAGGUGGGCAAUAAACUUCCUGUAAUGACAGUGUUUGGAAUUUCUUUACGGAUGAAAGAGGAACACGAGUAAGACCACGUCCAGUGUGUCUACCGUGAAUGUAAAUGGAACAGCAGCCCAAGCCAUUGUCUCUGUGCCAGCGGUGCUACCCGUGAGCGGGGACCGACUCCGUGUAUGUGUGUGUGUGUGUGUGUGUGUGUGUGUGUGUGUGUGUGUGUGUGUGUGUGUGUGUGUGUUAAGUGUUUGACUCCGGUUCAACCCACCCCUGCCCCAAUCCUGCGUGUUCUAAAUGCAAAGAGUGCUCAGAGGGAAACGGUUGUUACCCCAAGGUCAUUGUUUCUUCUUUCCUGGCUGAGUCACAGGGUGGAGAGAUGACGGUGUCUGAUGUGCACGGACAGUUUAGGGACGGACUGGCAGACAAGGAGCUUUUCCCUUCAGCUGUGCUCCGUAGGGCAGCAUUUUAAGAAGGUGCUAGCAGCGUUGGUUCUCCUGUGCUCCUGCUGGUUUCCAAGCCACUGGGAGUGUCAAGGCUGAGGACAGGGCCCGGUACAAGGGGAAAUGGAAAUGAAUAGGUGACAGGAGGGACAUCCUUUGGUGCUGGGCGCGGGCGCUGCCGGGCGAGAAGCCUCAGGAGGCCGCGCCCGCUCACUGCUGAGUUGCUGGUUUGCGUUCCGUGCCUGCUGUCCCCCCCAGCCAUCGCCGCUUCCCCCUUCCUGCCUGGCCCGCUUUAUUGACUUCCGGGACCAAGUCCUGGCUUCCUCCGCCCUUCCGGAAAGAUGUUCCACGGGGAGGGGGAGGGGCGCGUUGUCUGGGUCCACCGAGGCACGGCCAGGAAGAGGCAGUUCCCGUGGGGGCCGCUCCGCCUGCCCGGCGUGGAGCGGGCUCUGCAGAUGCUCAGAGUGAACGUUCUCCACUCGCUGUGCCAGGACCAGGGGGGAUCUGGAUUUUGCGGGGCUGGAAGCUGGAGUACGUAGGAAGACUUCUGUAAGAAAAAGCACACGAAAAUAAAAUUAGGUGCAGGCCUUGGAGGGGCCCUGAAGAUUAAGCUUCAUGAGCUUCAGCAGAUCCACCUCGGGUUGUGACUGAAAAGUGCUGCUUCCAUCCACAUGGGAACCGUCUGCAACGGGAGCCAGCGCGGGAGGGCAGAGGUGGCCUGCGAGGGGCCCAUUUUUAGGGCCAUGAUGUCAGAUGUGUGUUCAGUCGGGUCAAAGUACGACCUUUAAGAUGGCUUCUCUCGGCUCAUGUUUUUCUGAAGAUGAGGCCUGGUGACCCAGCAGGGACAGUGGUUAUAUAGGAGGUGACAGCGUCUGGUUCGUGGGCCCGCCCUGGGCAUACAGGAGGGGCAUAACUGUGGCUGGGGGCUUGCCUGUGGGCCCAAGGCUUCCUGCAUCUCCGGGGAGACCCGACAGACGUGGGUUUUCGGGGUCUGAGCUGCCUCCACGGGUCCCGUCAGCUCUUAGCAAGUCACUGCUCCUGUCCCCUGCUGUCGUGUUUGGAGUUUUGUCAUCUUUAGCUGAGACCAAAUCAAUCCUUGGUGCACAAGGUGAUCUUAAAACUUGCCAUUAUUUAACAAGCUACCCCUCGUGGCAUGUGACCGUGUCUUCAGGAUCUAAUUUAUCCCUUUUUUUUUUUUCUCGUUGUCAUCUGUUUGCAUUAUUACGGUUGUCACGUAGGAUCGUGUUGGCAUUUACUAUCUAUCAUGUCUUUCAUAAACCCUGUUGGUUUGGGGUAGAAGAGAAUAGUUUAGGGUCCAAACUGGGCCUUCUGAGAGAGAGAGGGGUUGUUAUUAACAAGUACGCCAGGUCAGCAGACGUAAACCAGGACUGUCCCAGGCAACCUGGGCUAUGUGGUCUCCCUGGUUAUGGGAACCUGGCACGGGUGGUUUGUAGCUGUGCGGGCUGACUACAUGUAUGUUCGUGUAUGUCUGCGUGUGGACUCCUUGUUAAGUGGGGCGCAUGUUACAGGCUAAGGCCUGGGAAGUGCUGCUUGCUAGUCUGUUACGUUAACGUGCUUUUCUGAAACUGCUUCACUUGUUAAUUCAUUUACUCCUUCAUUCAUUGACUGUUUUUGUUCCUUUCCAUUCACUUUGUACUCGUUUUUUUUCCCCAUUAAAUUUUGCAUUUAUUUUGA